CAACUUGUUCUCAGUUUUCUUGUAACUUAGCUGGUGUGCACAUUCACAUUAUUUGAUUGAUCACAGACGUGAAUGAUUGUCGCGGUGUGAACAAUGGCGUUUUUGCAAGGGCCAUCGCUAAAGCAGGCGGAAGUAAUAAAGCAGGAGUUAGGGGAAGGACCAGGAGACUUAGAACGAGGAGUCAGGGACCUGCAGAAUAUGCUGGCAGCCACUCCUUACCUACCAGAACCAGAAACUGUUGACAAACAUCUAUUGGAGCUAUUCGUCCGAGGAUGUCGAAUGGACUUGGAUCGGGCUAGAUCAAAACUGGAAGCAUUUUGUAUAGCUCGCAAACGUCAUAGGGACCUCUACGAAUACAUAUCUUUGAACGAACCUCCUCUCAACGAUGUUUGUAAAUUUUGUGACAUCGCAACUCUUCCAAAACUGACCGAUGAAGGUUUGAGAAUAACUGUAUUCAUAAUAAAGCCCGGAUACCCCGAGAGUUCUGCUGAUGUGACGGCAGCAGUUCGCGCCACAUUACUCUUGAGCGACGCUCGUAUGAAGGACGAAACACUUAUAACCGGGGACGUGUUUAUUUAUGAGGUUUCAAAGGUUAGAGGAUCACUAGUGGCUCGGGUCGCUGCAGCUGCCGGUGCAAUCAGACGAGGCAUCCAACUCGCACAGGCGGCUUACCCUCAGAGGCUCAAAAGAAUCCACGUCGUUGGAGCACCGACGUUUCUGGCAUCGUCUUUACAGCUCAUGAGGAAUUGCGUGAACGAGAAAAUCAAGAGACGGUAUUACUUACACGCAAAAGUAGAAGAAUUGUUUGAGCACUUCCCUGCACGUGUGAUCCCUGAAGAAUGGGGCGGAGAGGAAGAAUCAAUAGAAGCACUCGUCAAGAAAUGGAGAUGUCGCAUUGAUGAAAGUCGGGACUUCCUACGCAACCUCAACGAGAUGGGGGCCAGUACUGCAAAUGCAUCGGUUCCUGAUACCGACAUUUAUGGCACGGUCGGGGCAUUUAGAAAAUUAGAAAUUGAUUAAUUGUUUCGCAAACAGGCACAGAUAAAAACAUGAUGAUUACUUACAUUACUAUUAUAUUGAAAAUAAAAUAACACCAUCACCAAAGAAUUUUCCAGCAAAGUCUUGGUAAGCUCAUUUGGUCUGGAAACUGAAAAAAAAUAUUCUAUAAUGAAAAUAAAGAAACUUAUAUUGUAGGGUAGGUAAAAAUAUAUAUAUUCUAGAACGAAGUUAAAUAAAGUUAGUAACGUAAGUAUCUUAGUUAAUUAAACGUCAUUGUGAUAUUAGUUCAUAAUUGAACUAAAUUGAUAAACGAUAUUUUAUAGUUUUAAGUUUAGUAAUAAUUCGGCUGGUUUAGUUUGGAAAAAAUAAAAAGAAUUUAUUCAAUAA